AUGGCUACUGAGACAUUCGACCUCAAAGCUCGCGCGCUCGAGUUCAUGGAUCUCAUGAGCAACAAACGUGACUUCGACACGGCGGCACAAUACAUCCACCCAGACGUGGUUCAGAAGAAUGCGCUAAAGGAGCUCCGUGGCAAGGAAGCACUUCUGACAAACUUCAAGACCAUGACUACCGUUCGUGCGCCAGAUUUCCACGUGGAUUUCAUCGACUCCGUACGGGAGGGGAAUAAGGUCUGGGCGUUCGUCAGAGUGUCAGGGCUUCCGGGAGGGAUCGUGAAGGACUCUAUUGAUAUUACGGAGUGGUCGGACGAUGGCCGCCUGCUGUAUGCGACGCAUGUGCAGCGGAAUCUGGAGAAGGACGAGAUUCCUCAGGCCUUGGGGUCAUCCUAA